AUGAAAAAAAUAAAAUUAAACAUUACAAGAGAAGAGGACAACUUGCAGAGUAACAUAUACUAUGUGUGCGAGAAAAAUAUAUUAAUAUCGAGACUAAAUUUGACGAUAAAUUGUGAUGAAAAUAAUAUUGAAGAUGAUGAAAUAGUGGAAACCAAUAAAAUAGAAAUAAAUAACAAUAGUAACAUAGAUAAAAGGGAAAAAAAGGAAAAAUGUUUUAACAUAAAAAUAUCAUAUAGCGAUGAAUUAAAUAACCUUUAUUUAAACAAUGUAAUAAAUAAUUUAUAUGAUUAUAUUUUUGAAAGCAAAACAAAUGAUUUUAAUAUAAAUAAAAACCACCGUUGGCAUGUGUUUAUAAAUAUGUACAUAUAUGAGUAUACCCCAUAUAUAUAUGACCAUAUCUGUAAUGUAAUAAAUGUACAUCUGUCUCUUCUGCUAAUUCCGUUGUGUUUCUAUGACUUCGAUCACAAGUGGUAUAGGUGUAUUAAAAGUUAUGAGGAGUUGGAGAAAUUGUUAUCUGUAAGUAGUAGCAGCAAUGAUGGGAAAUUAAAUGAGGAUUCAAGUGAGUGUACACAUUUAAAUGGUGACACAUUGAAUGAUCAUACAAUGAACUGCGAAUUUCUACAUAAAAAAUCCGAGGAGGAAGGAGAAAUUCCAUCGGACAUUUUAAUACUAGACAAAAACCAACAAAAUAAAAAAAUAAUAAUAAACCAGCUAGAAAACUACAAUUUUGAUUUAUUUGUAGAGAUAAAAAAUGAUGGAGCAGAAGGUGCUGGAUUAUUCAAAAGAGUGUUAAUAAAUUUUAUUCCUAUUUUAAGAACAGUGAACGUAGAUGAUCAAUUUGUUUAUGUAAUCAAGUUUGUGGAAUACCACGAUUUUCUUUUAAAUACACAAAACAUAGAUGAUUAUAUAUAUAAUAAUAUAAUUAAGAAAUAUAAAUUUUCAAAUUUUACAAAAUGUACAUUCAUUGAUAGCUUUCGUUCUAUAAAAGGUGCUGAUAAAUUUGACCUAAAUGAAAAUUAUUACAUUCUCUACAAUGCUAAUAAUGCAGCUACUGACGAAACGUCCAUUUUGGAAGACUCCAAAGAGACCAUCCAGUUUUAUUACGACUUCAUUUUAAAUUAUUGCACAGGUUACUUCACAAAGAAUUUCGUGAAGUGA